AGGGGAACUGCAGGCGUUCGGUUCCAGCUCCGCCCCCGGGGGCAAGGCCUUCCAGGUCACCUGGGAACCUCGGUCCAACGGGCAGACCUGACCCUCCAUGGAGGCCCUGGCUCCCGGAACUAAGCUGGGAUCUAGCAGGGAGAGAGGAUGGCAUCUGACACCCCCUGUUCCUGUGACUGCUUUGUCCCCGGCCUCAGCCAUCCCGGCUGUGAUCUUUGCCAAGAACUCAGACCGGCCCCUGGACGAGGUGCAGGAGGUGGUGUUUGUGCCCGCGGGCACCCAUGCCCCCGGCAGCCAGCUCCAGUGCACCUACAUCGCGGUGGAACAGGUGGCGGAGACCCAUGCUGUGAUCCUGAGCCGCCCUCCUUGGCUCUGGGGGAUGGAGAUGGGCGCCAACGAGCAUGGCGUCUGCAUCGGCAACGAGGCCGUGUGGACCAAGGAGCCGGUCGGGGAGGAGGAAGCCCUGCUGGGCAUGGAUCUGCUCAGGCUGGCUUUACAACGCAGCCGCUCCGCCCAGGAGGCCGUGCUCGUGAUCGCAGGCUUGCUGGAGCGCCAUGGGCAGGGGGGCAGCUGCCGGGAGGACCCCACGCCCUUCUGCUACCACAACACCUUCCUGCUGGCCGACAGGACGGAGGCCUGGGUGCUGGAGACGGCGGGGCGGCUGUGGGCCGCUCAGAGGAUCCAGGGGGGCCGCAACCUCUCCAACCCGCUGAGCAUCGGCGCGGACAUCGCGGCCGAGCACCCGGCGCUGACAUCGCGGCCCACGCCCAGGCCCGCGGCUGGUGGGGCGGCCAGGGCGCCUUCCACUUCGCCCGGGCCUUCUCGCUGGGCCAGCAGCCGGCGCGCAUGGAGGCCGCCAAGGCCCGCUUCCGGGCGGGGCGGGAGCUGCUGCAGCGGCGCCAAGGUCAGGGGGGGCCAUCACGGCCGAGGCGAUGAUGGACAUCCUCAGGGACGAGGAGAGCGGCAUCUGCAUGGACGCGGGCGGCUUCCGCACCACGGCCAGCCUGGUGUCCGUGCUGCCCCGCGGCCCCGCGCGGCCCCGCGUCCACUUCCUCACCGCCACGCCCGACCCGGCCAGGCCCGGGUGGACCGGCCGCACGCGCUCUGCCGGGGACACCAGGCGGCCCUGGGGCUGAUGGAGAGCAAGCAGGAGCAGGGGCAGGGGCUGCGGCUGCGGCAGAAGCAGCGGGACCUGGAGCAGGAAGGCCUGGAGUCUGUGAGGGGGCUGCUGGCCAGGGCGGGGGCCCCUCCCUCCCAGGAGCUGGGCGGCCUCUUCCAGGCCUUUGUGGAGAGGGAGAGCCAGGCCUAUGUGUGAGCCCCGCGGCUGCUCCCGGCCCCGCAUCUCCUCCCGGCCCCGCGGCUCCUCCUGGACCAGCCUAGGACUUGGGCCUGGGGUGGGCCUGGACCCAGGAGGGUGGGUGUGGGAUCAGAGCAGGUCCUUCACACCCCUCAUUCUGAGUGGCUGGCUCAGCCUCGUCUUAAUAAAUACGUUUUAUUUCUC